GCAAUAACAUACCAGUUUAUCUCGCGUUGAAAUGGAUGACGCUGUCUGGAGUGUUGCGUUAAUCUGGUCGAUUAAAACCACAUUAAGUGUCCUCAGUGUCGCAGAUUCACUCCGGUUAGUGCCGGGCCAAUCUCUGUGAAUGAUGAUCUCCAAACCGAUCACGAUUUGAUGGCCCUACUUCUCCAAACAAAAACAAAUUUAUUAUCACAGAGACAUUCACCUGUAUCUGCCACGGGCACGAUAAAAUCGAUAUUAAUUGUUGGAAAUGGUUAUAGGAAUCGAUAGUGAUUUAUCUCCUCCUCCAGCGGGUGGGAUUUCAAAACGGUGCAUACCGUGACUGCUAGAUGGCGUUGGUGGAUGAUGAUUAUUUUCUGCGAAAAAAAAUAAAUGGCCCUAGCCGAGGUGCUGAAUUUUUAGGGGGUAAUUUGGCGUUCCGUACUACGGAGUUAGGCCUAGUGGGAAACCGAAACCCAAUGGUUGUUUGUAAACUCAACCAUUCGUUAAUAUCAACAAACAAAACGCCACCUAUUGCAUAAACAAGACAUCCAUUACUCAAAUGGGCGUUAGACUUUUUUUUAGAAUUUGAAGAAGCAUUCAGCAUUGUAAACUUAACACAAAAUGCGGAUGCUUGUAAAAAAGAAUCUACUAAUCAGAUUAGUCAUAUCUUUACUGGUUACUUACCUUCUUUUUCGCGCCCAAUGGAAUUCGGCCAGUUUCAGCACUUCAGUUUCGGAAAAUCCUCAUCAAGUCUGGGAAUUUGUAUCUGAUCUCAAUAACGCUAAAAAACUGAAUCCAUCUAUCUUUGACUUCUACAUCACUGACCACGAUAAGGGAAACUAUGAUCAUUGGGAAUAUGGUGCUGUUAUUUACGAGACAAUGGCAUUUAUCCCAGUAUUGACAAAUGUCAACUAUGCUGAGUUUACUCUAAAAACAUCACCAAACAAAGAUCACUAUAAAAUUCUGAGCACAUAUAGGACAUGCUUCUUCAGAUAUGCCUGCUUGCACAGCAAAUCAGAAAUGACAUUUUCUAAUGAUGCUGCCUAUGGUGGAACCAAAUUCCGUGAACUUAUUGAUUAUCAAUGUCCCUUCAUCUUUUCUUGGUUAUGUUCAAGAGAACUGACAAACCAAAGGAAUGAAUGGAUAAAGCGCUUAAAAAAUACUUACCAAAACUGAGAACCAAGUGCAUCACAGGAAACUAGGGUAGCUUGUCCAGCUUCUUUGCUUCUUAAUCAAAGAUAUAUCUAUCUAAGUGCUAUAAAGGUCGCCAGAUCUACGCGAUACUAAGAAUUCUCGGGAGAAUCUUACUCCUAUUCCCAAUUUGUCGAUCACUCCAUGUGCUUAUCAAUGAAAUAAAUUUUAACAUUUUUUAAAACAGUAAAA